AAUUGGGCUACGAAAUGAAAAUAUCUUGUUUUCAAUCUUGAUUCUCACACAAACACGUCGCUAUCAUCGUUCACAAAGCAUCACUUUUCAAUAGGAAGAAACCGUCACAAAAAAUGCCAUCGACAUCCCCAAGAAACAUUUUAGUGGCAGUGGAUGGAAGCGUCUACAGCGAGAGAGCCUUUGCAUGGUACGCUGAUAAAUUCCGACAGGAGAGAGAUCAGGUUGUGUUUGUUCAUGUUUACGAGUCCCCUAUCACUCCAGCACCAACAUUUGCAAAUUGUAUGAGCAUUCCACCGCGAGAAGAAUGGGAACGAAUGUUGGAAAAAGCGGAACAACAGGCAGAAGAGAUGCUGAGCGGCUACGAGAAGAAAUGCAAAGAAAUGAAGCUUCCUUUCAAGACUCUCUUUGCUUACGGAGCGAUUGGUCAUGUGAUCUGCUCAGUGGGAAAGGAAGAAAAAGCCGAAUGUAUAAUUUUAGGAAGUAGAGGACUGGGAACCAUUAGACGAACAAUCUUAGGGAGUGUCAGCGACUACGUCACUCAACACAUGACCAUACCCGUUUUACUAGUACCUGCUGAGGAAAGACGCUAACGCAAUAACCUGUGUCAGCGGUUACACACAUCCUCUUCACGACACGUUUCAGUCGAGAGUUAAAAAUUUUUUUCCUUCGUUUGUCUGAAAAGAAUUACCAUAAGUACUGUUAUAAUAGUGUUAGAGAGGUUGAUACACAAGUUUAUUUUAUCCAUUAUGAUGAGAAUUCUUCAGGGUUGAUAAAAUAAAGAAUUUAAUUAAAGACAAAACAAAUAAAUUAACAAUCAGAUAAAUCUUUGAACGUUUUAUUAUGAAAGGCAAUAUAUGACCUUUUAAUACAUAUAAACACGUUACUCUCGAUAAUAAAAGAGUAAGAAAGCUUAAAAUAAAGUUAGUAUAAUUUCCUCACACAGUUUUGGGAAAAUUAUGAGGUAGUCACAAUAUAUAGAACCCAACGUUUUUUUAAAACUAGGAAUGCCUUGCAUUCUUGCAAAAGAAAGUAAGUUAAUUGACGACAGGACGAGUUUCGAGAUUUUGCCACAGCAAACUAUAUAGUCUCAACAAUGUAAUGCGAAUAUGAUCCUUUAAACAGCAUGACAACAAAAAUUGAUAAAAACUAAAAUAGUUAAUAGAGUUUUUGGUAAGUAUUUGUCAUAUUCAAAUAUUCUAAAUCGCGAUUGAGAGCAUUAAACAUGU